AUGGAAAGGAAUUUGCAUAGACAACUUGCUAACAUGAAGAAGUCCCUUUUUGAUCAGGGAUAUCUAGAUCAUGAACAAUUUACUCAGCUGGAAGAGCUACAGGAUGAAGCAAAUCCGAAUUUCGUGGAAGAAGUUGUUACAUUGUACUACAGGGAUUCAGCUCGAUUAAUCCAAAAUAUAGAGCAAGCUUUGGAGAAGAACCCUCUUGAUUUUGCUAAGCUGGACAACUAUAUGCACCAGUUCAAGGGGAGUAGUUGCAGCAUUGGAGCCAGAAAGUUGAAAAAUGAGUGCACACAAUUCAUAGAGUACUGCAAAACAGGAAAUGGCGAAGGAUGCAAGAGAACUUUCCAACAAUUGAAGAAAGAAUAUUCUUCUCUUAAAAAGAAAUUAGAACAUUACUUUCAGUUUGCAAGACAAGUUGGACCUCUUGAGAAGGCAUGUCGCCCAAAGUAA